UUGUCUGAAAAAAUGUUUCUUCGUCGUUCGGCGUUGUUCGUUUUCACUUUUGUGAUUUUUUUCUCCGAUCAAAACAAUUUUGUAUUUGGAGCCAAUAGUUCAAAUAAUGAAGCUUUUGGGUAUGAACUUCUGACCAGCCAAAUUGAAUUGCUGGACUAUAGCAUUAAAGCACAGAUGGUUUCGCUGGUGUCCGGCAUAAAGGAGCUGGUCGAAGCUACCACCACACCUAAGAAGCUAGCAGUCAUACCAAGAUCAUGUAAAGAAUCACAGUUUAAAUUCACUCAGAUUCACCCGGAAAAAGGAUUUCGGGAACCGUUCUUUGUCCAAUGUGACCAAGAGUAUGAAGGUGGAGGAUGGACUGUGAUUCAGAAUCGGUUCGAUGGCUCGGUGAAUUUUGUAAGACCUUGGGAUGAGUUCAAGAAUGGUUUUGGGCAUCUAGAAGGAGAAUUUUGGUUGGGAUUGGAGAGAAUUCACCAGCUAACUUACGGAAGACCACACGAGCUGCACAUUCUUUUGGAGGAUUUCGAUGGUAUGCGCGUGGUUGCCAAGUACAGCAAAUUUGCGAUCGGAAGCGAGGCCGAGUUAUUCAAAAUAACUAAUUUAGGAACCUACAGUGGCACAGCAGGAGAUUCGUUUACUUCUCAUAAGGACAAUUUUUUUACCACAUUUGAUCGUGACAAUGAUCAAAGCCCAACCGAAAAUUGUGCCAAAGUAUACAGUGGAGCUUGGUGGCAUGCAAACUGUCAUGCUAGCAAUCUAAAUGGUCUAUAUCUUAACGGUACAACAGCAACUUAUGCAAAUGGUAUGUGUUGGAAUGGUUUUCGUGGAUAUCAUUAUUCCUUGAAAAGCUCUAAAAUGUUAAUUAAAAAUCCGUCGUAAAAUGUGUUACAGCCAGUAUGACAAAAAUGUAUUUUUGCUUUCGCAUAAUAAAUUAAUAAUGCAAUCACCUGAAUUUUUUUAAGGGGCUGGAACCUGUGUGUUUUAGGUUCAUUAGAAUUAGUUCAUAGAGUCAGGCUCAACAAGAGAGGAAAGCGAGUCAGCGGGGACAACUGUGAUCAAACUUCUAAUUCACCUCGUAUUCAUUAAACAAUUUGUAUUUAAAACAACUUUGGUUGGUUGGGAUCAUUGCUGUUCAUGUAUUACGACAUUGACAUAUGUAUCAAGAAACGAGAGCAUGGUUUAAUAAGCAUGCAAGUUUUGUAAAGCUCGUUAAUAAUUUUCUGGACAUGCUCCGUUUGCCUUUCUCUUAUAACAAGGUUUUUAAAUCGCUCCAAACACUCAAAUGAUAUGAUUUUCUUUAAUCGGAAUCACAAAGAUCACAUGAAUAAUAAUCAACGCGCUAAAUAGUAGCCCUGCGAUAAUUGAGCUUGCAAUGUCCAAUCAGUACCUUGGAAAAAUGCAACAAAUGUGCUUCGAAAAAUGCAACAAAUUCUUUAACAUUUCCAGACUCGCAUCCGGCAGAAAAGUCUUUGUUUAAACGCAAGUUUGCAAGCUAUUCCAAUGGUUGGCAUGUUCGGAUGCAGCCCAAGAGCGAAUCUUGUGCUUUAUCCAACUUAUCGACAGUGCACAGUGUUUUAAAACAUCGUUUUCGUGCUCAAAAUUAAUAGCGUCUAAGCCGUUGACUUUAGAAGUAUAGUUUGUUCGGAGAAGUUGUUGUCCUUAUGAUUGCGCAUCCACAGGAGUAUACCGUUUAGUGAUUAAUUCACCUGUAAGUGAUAUGCGAAAUUUAUU